AUGACGAGGGCUGUGCGAAGUCCCAUAGGUUUGAUUUCCCCCCUGCGCUAUUCUCGUCUAUCUCGAUUGGCUUGUUUCCAGCGUACUCCUAGUCAAGUUUGUACCUUCUCUACUACCCCUACAUAUCGUUUUAAGAGCACACUUCUAAAAUUCGAUCAGAAGAAAAAUGAUUCCAAUACAACUAGCAGUAAGAACAAAAAACCCAACGACAAGAAUGGCGCCAAUGGAGCCAAUGGCGACCCCAAUAACCCAUUUGGUAACCUCAAAUGGAAAGAUUGGGUUAUUCCUUCUAUUCUUAUGGUUAUCGUCUUGAAUGGUUUUGCCGCUUCUGGUAUUGACAAUGGUGCUCAAAUGACAUUCCAGGACUUCAAGACCAACUACCUAGAGAAAGGUUUGGUUAAAAAGGUUAAUGUAAUCAAUGGCACAUACGUUCAGGCAGAAUUACUCUCUGGAAUGCCACGAUUUGCCGGAUUUUCCAUUGGUUCCCCGGAUUUUUUUGACAACGAGAUGGAUGCUGUUCAAGAUCGUCUUGGUAUCCCUACCAAUGAAAGAAUUCCGAUUGCAUACGAGACUAGAACUAGUGUCUGGUCCUACUUAAUUCCAUUUCUACCUACUGUCAUUCUUAUUGGUGGCACCUACUAUCUUAUUGCUCAAAUGCGAAAAAAGGGACCUAACUCUAAGGGUGGGCCAUUUGAUUCCAUUAUGAAUGUUGGUAAAUCCAAAGCAAAAUUGUUCAAUCAGGAUACCAACAUCAAAGUGAAGUUUAAGGAUGUCGCAGGAUGUGACGAAGCCAAGGAGGAGGUGAUGGAAUUUGUUAGUUUCUUAAAAAAUCCUCAAAAGUAUGAGCGUCUUGGUGCCAAAAUUCCAAGAGGUGCCAUUCUCUCAGGUCCUCCAGGAACCGGUAAGACUCUAUUGGCAAGGGCCACCGCAGGGGAGGCUGCUGUUCCAUUCCUCUCGGUUUCCGGUUCCGAAUUUGUGGAAAUGUUUGUCGGUGUCGGUGCUUCCCGUGUUCGUGAUUUGUUUGCUACAGCCAGAAAGCUAGCCCCAAGUAUUGUCUUUAUCGAUGAAAUUGAUGCUAUUGGUGGUGCCCGUGAGAAGUCUCCAAUGCGUGCCAAUGAUGAAAAGGAGGCUACAUUGAAUCAAUUGUUGGUGGAAAUGGAUGGCUUUGAUAGUUCCGACCACGUUGUCGUUCUUGCCGGUACCAACAGGCCGGACAUGUUGGAUAAAGCCUUGCUUAGACCAGGUCGUUUCGAUAGACACAUAUAUCUUGACAAACCUGAUAUUGAAGGAAGAAAGGCCAUUUACAAAGUUCAUCUUAGACCAAUCAAAAUGAAGGAUGCUGUAACCGAUAUGUUUGCCGGAAGAUUGGCCGCUAUGACACCAGGAUUUUCUGGCGCUGAUAUUGCCAACUGUUGUAAUGAAGCCGCUUUAAUUGCCGCCAGGCACAGUGCGGACUUUGUUGAGUUGAAAGACUUUGAGCAGGCCAUUGAAAGGGUGAUUGUUGGUCUAGAGAGAAAGACUAGAAUUCUUUCACCCCAGGAGAAGAAGACGGUCGCCUACCACGAGGCGGGACAUGCCAUCUGUGGAUGGUAUUUGAAGUAUGCCGACCCAUUAUUAAAAGUUUCUAUUAUUCCUAGAGGACAAGCAGCCCUCGGUUAUGCACAGUAUUUGCCUGCAGAUCAGUAUCUAAUCUCUGAGGAGCAAUUUGAGCAUAGAAUGAUCAUGGCACUUGGAGGUAGGGUAUCUGAGGAGUUAAAUUUUGACGAUGUGACCACGGGAGCUGCAGAUGACCUUCAGAAAGUGACUAAGAUGGCCAAUGCCAUGGUCCUUAAGUUAGGUAUGUCGAAGAAGCUCGGUACCAUUGUUUUCGAACCCAAGGAUACCCAAAUGCAGGUUCAUAAACCUUUCAGUGAGGAGACUUUUGAGGUUAUUGACAUUGAGAUUCAUCGGCUUAUUGAUGAUGCCUACCAUAAGUGCAAGAAGCUACUUACAGAGAAACUUGAUGAGGUGGAUAAGAUUGCCAAGGAAUUACUCAAGAAAGAGGUGAUCACUAGAGAUGACAUGAUUAGAAUAUUGGGACCAAGACCUUUUGAAGAGAAGAACGAUGCGUUUAAGAAGUAUCUUCUUCCAAAGAACGAAGAUGGUGGAGAAAAUCCACACUCUGAUUCGGGAGAACCAGCCCCUGCAUCUUAA